AGCACAAUCUCAAUAGAGAGUAUCUUGAACUUGAGCAAACAAGAGAAAAGGGAAUCAUCAAGAAGUAUAAAGAAAUGGCUUCUUCUAUGAUUUCAUCCGCCAGUGUCGCCAGCGUUAGCAGGAGCAGCCCUGCGCAAGCCACCAUGGUUGCACCAUUCACUGGCCUCAAGUCUGCUGCAUCUUUCCCGGUCACAAGAAAGGCAAACAAUGACAUUACUUCCAUUGCAAGCAAUGGUGGAAGAGUGCAAUGCAUGCAGGUCUGGCCUCCACUUGGAAAGAAGAAGUUCGAGACUCUUUCUUACCUGCCAGAUCUAACUGAUGAACAAUUGGCUAAGGAAGUAGAUUACCUUCUUCGCAAGGGAUGGAUCCCUUGUUUGGAGUUCGAGUUGGAACACGGCUUUGUCUACCGUGAGAACCACAGGUCACCCGGGUACUACGAUGGUCGCUACUGGACCAUGUGGAAGCUGCCCAUGUUUGGAUGCUCUGACUCCACUCAGGUGUUGAAGGAACUUGAUGAGGCAAAGAAAGCUUAUCCUAACUCAUUUAUCCGAAUUAUUGGAUUCGACAACCGUCGUCAAGUGCAAUGCAUCAGUUUCAUUGCCUACAAACCAACAACCUUUAAUUCUUAGGUUCAUUUUGUUCAAACUGUACUUAUAAUUUUCUUUUUUUCUUUUCUUCUGCUUUUGAGAUAUUUCCCUUCUUUUUGUUUCUUGUUCCCCGGAUGUUGAAUGUAACUGGUUGAGAACUUCUGAAUAAAGGGCACCGAUCGCUAUUUAUAUA